CUGGGAAAUUACAAAACGAUCAUUGUUUGUGAUUCGGAAUUACAAAUCACCUUCCACCCGAACCAGGAUUGGAAAGAGUUAAAACUUUGGACGAUCGAUUUUCUUUAUUUAUUUUUAUCCCUCGCCUGGAUUUUAAUCUCUCUUGUUUGUCCCCAGGAGUUUAUCCAUUGUAUUGUAUCGGCAACAAGUUUACACUAAUGGGAACGAUGCAAUAUGGCUAUAUAGGCGGUGAUUCGUGCACAAAUGGCUCACUUGUUCGUAUUCUCUGUUCCUCCCGGAACGUUGUGUGCAUGGUCGUCGAGGGGAUCUCACAGAAUUCCACUCUCAUCGAAAGCCACAACGCCACGGAAAUAGCUCUCUCUACGGACAAAUGGAGCAACUACAACUUUUGGAUCGGCCUCUCUCUUGCUGUGUUAUCGGCUAUCCUGAUUGGUGGUAGUGUCAUACUGAAGAAGAAAGCCCUGCUCCGCCUCGCAGACAAAGGGGAGACCAGAGCAGGUGAAGGGGGCCAUGGAUACCUGAAAGACUGGAUGUGGUGGGGUGGCCUUCUGACCAUGGGGGUUGGCGAGGGGUCAAACUUUGCGGCGUACAUGUUCGCCCCGGCCACUGUUGUCACCCCCCUGGGAGCGCUGAGCGUCCUGAUCAGUGCAGUGCUGUCCUCCUUCCUGUUGGGGGAGUCGUUGAACCUCCUGGGCAAGCUGGGCUGUGUGCUCAGUCUCCUGGGCAGCACCAUUAUGGUGAUCCACGCCCCAGAAGAAGAGGAAGUCACCACCCUGCAGCUGAUGGCUGAGAAACUACUUGACCCAGGCUUCCUGGUGUAUGCCAGCAUCCUCCUCCUGGCCUGCUUGGUUCUGAUCUUCUAUUUCUCCCCGCGUGUGGGAGCGAGCAACAUCCUGGUGUACAUAAGCAUCUGCUCCCUGCUCGGGGCCUUCACCGUGUCCUCCGUCAAGGGCCUGGGCAUCGCCAUCCGCUCCUUCUUCAGCGACCCCUCUGUGGUGCAGCAGCCCCUUACCUGGAUCCUGCUGGUCUCGCUGGUGGCCUCCAUCAUCACGCAAGUCAACUACCUCAACAAGUCCCUGGACGUCUUCAACACCCUGCUGGUCUACCCCAUCUACUACGUCUUCUUCACCACCGUGGUGCUGGCCACCUCCGUCAUCCUCUUCAAGGAGUGGGGCUCCAUGUCGGGCGUGGACGUGGUGGGGACCGUCUGCGGCUUCCUGGUCAUCGUCCUGGGCGUGGCCAUGCUGCACCUGUUCAGGGACGUCCAGGUGUCGCUCGACAGCCUGACCCAGUCGCUUAGCCUGUGCUCUGAGGCCGAGCUGGAGGAGCAGAAGAGGAAGGUGGAAGACAAGCACAUCCUCAUCGAGAACAUGGAGUGCCUGCCCCCCAUGAGGGAGGACGGGCCCAGGGUCUUCAUCAUCAGCUGAGGGCCGUCGGAUAAUGGAUGUUGUACAUAUGUAUAUGUGUAGUGUUAACGUUUUUACUAUAUAUCCCCGUGACGUGACCUUUGAACUGCUGCUGCUGAGUACUCCCGUCAAUGAUGCGGCAACAGUGAGGGCUAAACUAUCUACACUCCUGUGUAGAUACACUUUGUCAUACGGUGUGGUCCCUAGUCUUUUACCAGCACAGUUUAUCAUUCAUUUUGUGCCACCUCUUCCAAAGACACCAAUCUCAUUUUUCCAGGCUUAUGUUUUCCCCACAAACAGUUCACAACACAUUCAGGCAAAAUGCAUUUGUGUUUUCCCCCGAUGCUAGGCCUUGAAAGCUUGGGGUCCUGGAGAGAAAUGUUGGUCUGCUGGUUUUCAUUAAUCAGAUUUUUGCUGAGGCAAUAUAUUACACAGUUGGCUGAGCUCACUUUUUUGGGCUGCGGUGAGGUGAACACACAAACCGGAAACAGUGGCUCUCCACGAUCACAAUCACUGAUCACAUCUCUCUUUCUUUGUAACGUUUAUCAUCGUCUAAGACAAAAAUAAUUUACAUUGAAACGUUUCUGUUUUUUUUAUUUAUCUGAAAAACCACAUCUUGUGGUUAAAAACCAAUCACACGCUAUUUCAUUUCAUUUUAAACAUUUCAAACUGCAUUAUUUCUGUAUAUGUUUUUUUAGUUAUACAAGUGCACCCCCGGGCAUAAAUUCUGUGAUUAAAAACAUUUUCACGAGUGAGUCUUUGAAUGCAACUUUAUGGGCCAGUUUCACAGACACAGAUUAAGCAUAGUCCUGGACUAAAUCCAG